AUGACCGCUACUCGAAUAUCAGACAGUGACAGAAAGCUGAUCGAUGAACUAAAAUCGAAAAUCCAAGCUGAACUCGAACUUGUGCCAUCGUACUCCGAUGACCUGUCAUUAAUGCGUUGGCUGGUUGGAUGGGAUCGAAAAGUGGAUGUGGUAGUGCCAAAGAUUAAGUUUUCUUUGAGGGCUAUUCAUGCCCUCGGACUUGACAAAGAGGAUCUCUCAACACUUGACAAGGUCACCGCAAAGUGCGACGAGUGUAGUAAACCUUUACAGUACUUACCUGGAUCUCUGCUUGGUUUUGACAAGGAGGGAAAUGUGAUCUCACUGCAGAUGAUCGGUCGCUUAGAUGUGGCCGGUCUCAUGCCCUGCACACGUAACUCUGAUCUCUAUCGAAUGCGAAUUGCUGAAAGCGAAGGUGUCAUGCAAAUCAUAAGGUUUGGAUAA